UCCCAAAGGGCGCGCGGGCGGGCCGGCCCCUCCCGCGGGGUUCAUGACGGGAGCCGCGGGGAGCCUGAAGCCGGCUGGCUGGGGCUGAGGAGGUGGCGGUGGAGCCGGUGCCGCACGCUGGUGCCGCUGCGGUGCCUGCAAACCCUGCAUCCGUCUCGCGCAUCUCAGCCCCUUCAGCGGCGCGCGAGCUGGGUGCAGCCCCUCCAGCGCCAGGAGCUGCUUCUCGCUCCUGCCGCCACCUCCCCCCGCUGGCAGCAGCCCCGGCCCGUUCCCUCCCCGGCCAGCGCCGCGGGAAAGCGGGGCUGGCGUCGCCAGUAGAGCAGCCCUGCCAAGCUGCAGGCAGGAGUGACUGGAACGGACUCCGCUUGGGGGUGGGAGGACUCGCUGGCGAGGAGGGAGAGAGAGAGAGAGAGAGAGCGAAAUAAAUAAAUAAGUAAAUAAAGCAAUACCGCCCGCGCCAAUAAAAGAGGCAGAGACAGCGGCUCUGCCGGGUGGGGAUCGGCUCUUUUGCGGUGGCGGCGGGACUGAAGCUGCAAAGUUCAACCUAAACGUGUUGCUUCCUGUUGGCUGCUGAUGCCCAAUUUCACCUGCUCAAGUGACUUGCCCAGUAGGGCUCUUGUUGCUGGCCCUCUGCCUGGCAGCCUCCAUAGCUCGGUGACUGCGGCGAGGGGGCUUCCUUUCGUGCCUCCACCCGUCUAGGAAAGAAAGGUGGGGGAGAGACAGCAAACAGGUUCCAUCCAAGGCUGCUGCUGAGCAGCAUGUGAACCCAGACAAGGCCAUGCAUUUUUUUGCUAGAGCCAUAUUCAUGUUAGAAGCCAGCAAAACAGCUGCGCACACUGCGGAAACACUGCUUUCUCUGUGAAAUAACAGCUCCCUUCCCUACGGAUUCCAGAUAUCUGUGGAACUGGGAUAAAUGUUCCAUUUUAAGGGUAUUCCAAAGGUGGGAAAGUCUUUCAAAAGGCAGUAACUUGAAGCUAUCAUGAAUAUAGUAUCUGCUGCAAGGAAAUAACAGUUGAUGAUGCAAUUUUAUUCUAUUGAUUUAACAGCCCAUUACAUGCACCAUGAAGAAGUAAUGUGUUGAGCAGUGGUCCAACCGCUUUGCAAUUUCUCCGCUUAGGCAGGUGCUGGACGUACAUCAAUUCAAAGAAAGCUCCCAGCUCAGUAAAAACAAAGGGGAAAUGAAGAGCUGAUAAGUGUACAUCCAGUGCACUUACUUUAAGUGAUAAUUAAAACAGGAGCAGAAAAACACAGAAGGAACCACAGAAUGAAAUUGUCAAUCUGAAAAUCCAGAUUGAAGUGUCUGCAAACAGCAAUUCACAAGGAACCUGAUCAACUAAUCAUCUCUGCCCUCUUGGGUUCAAUUUGGAAAUGGAAGAAAGAAGCAGAGCAGAGCGAGGGCUGUGAGACUACGACAACCUGUCCCUAGUGUAAUGUCAAUGUCGGCUAUCACUUUGGCAGAAUCAGCCAGCUCAGUGAAGACUAAAAGAGUCCCUCCUCCUGUUUUUUCAUCUGCUGGUGGCAUUCAAAGUGACCUUGCCUUGUAAAUAUUGAUUACUGAUACUUAAACAUCUGUGAGUUUUUCCCCAAGAGAUGAACAACAGUUGAUUCAAUCUGGUAGAAAGAUUACUCUGCUGAGAUGAGCUCUUAAUUAAUGCACAGAGAGCCUGAAAGUCCCACCUCUCAACAGUGAUGAUUGACAUUCAAGGAUACAUAAAUUACACUAAUUGAGCUUUGCAUCAAUACAGUCUUUCCACAGCCAACUCAUCAGAGAAGGUAUUGAAGCCCACUAAUCUGACCAACGUAUGACUCGCAGAGGGAGGAUAAGCAAGGUGGAGAGGGUUUCCUGCCAACCUUUGAGGCACUCAGGCAGGGCAUACUUCCUGCAUAGCUGGAAGCCAACAUUUUUGUGGUUGCUGCUUUAAAAAAAAUUUCUGGAUUGUUUGUGUCCUGCUGGAGUAAAACCGUUGUAUUAAACUCAGAAAACAAAGAGCUCCUGAGUGAAGAAAGAAGAAAAGUGCUGGGUGCCUGGUGCGUUUCCUGGCGCCGCUGCUGGGAUACUGAGAGCAGGCGGAGAAGAGACAGAGCGAGCUUGGCAGCCCUGGGCGGACAUAAAUUAAAUGUAGAGAAGAGUUUCAAAUAAGCUGGGCUGAUGUGCAUACAGAAGGAAUGAAGUAUGGAUGUGAAAGAACGUAGGCCUUAUUGCUCCCUGACAAAGAGCAGAAGAGACAAAGAACGACGUUACACAAAUUCUUCAGCAGAAAAUGAGGAGUGCAGAGUGCCUACACAGAAGUCAUACAGUUCAAGUGAAACCCUGAAAGCUUUUGAUCAUGAUUCCUCCAGGUUGUUGUAUGGAAACCGGGUGAAGGACUUAGUCCACAGGGAAGCAGAUGAGUAUACCAGGCAAGGACAGAAUUUUACCCUAAGGCAGUUAGGAGUUUGUGAACCAGCAACUCGUCGUGGACUGGCAUUUUGUGCGGAAAUGGGGCUCCCCCACAGAGGUUACUCUAUCAGUGCAGGGUCAGAUGCUGAUACUGAAAAUGAAGGAGUGAUGUCUCCAGAGCAUGCCAUGAGACUUUGGGGCAGGGGGGUCAAAUCAGGGCGCAGUUCCUGUCUAUCAAGCCGUUCCAACUCAGCCCUCACUCUGACUGAUACUGAACAUGAAAACAAGUCCGACAGUGAGAAUGGUCCUCCCAUGCCAUCCUCUUCAUCUAGUCCAUCCGUCAUUGAACAUUUACAUUCCCUUCCUCCAUCACCCAAUCUCCAUGACAACCAGAGGUGGUUGCUAAGUACUAAUGCCAUCCAGCCAGUUCAGGACUCUGAUACAGAUGAGGACUAUACUGCCAGCACUUAUCUAGUACAGACUGGUACUGUUUCAGUUUGUCCCCCAGAUCAUGAGCAACCGCCAAAUAACCAAGGCCAGUCGACCCUGCAACCUUUGCCACCUUCUCACAAGCAGCAUUCUGCACAGCAUCAUCCAUCUAUCACCUCCCUUAACAGAAACUCAUUGACAAAUAGGAGGAAUCAGAGUCCGGCCCCGCCGGCUGCUUUGCCCGCCGAGCUGCAAACCACACCCGAGUCGGUCCAGCUGCAGGACAGCUGGGUCCUUGGCAGUAAUGUGCCACUGGAAAGCAGAAAAUUAGGAAAUCAAGCAGUUCUUGCAAAUGGUCAUGACAGCCUUAUAGAGAUGGAUGUGUUUACUCCAACAUGCCACGAUAACAGUUAUGGGGAUGGGCAUUUCUUAUUCAAAACAGGAACAGGGACAACACCACUGUUCAGUACUGCAACACCAGGUUACACAAUGGCAUCUGGGUCAGUUUAUUCCCCCCCUACUCGGCCACUACCUAGAAAUACACUAUCAAGAAGUGCUUUUAAAUUCAAGAAGUCUUCAAAGUACUGUAGCUGGAAAUGUACUGCACUCUGUGCUGUAGGAGUCUCAGUGCUACUGGCAAUACUGCUAUCCUACUUUAUAGCAAUGCAUCUCUUUGGCCUCAACUGGCAGUUACAACAGACUGAAAAUGACACAUUUGAGAAUGGAAAGGUGAAUUCUGAUACCAUGCCAACAAACACUGUAUCGUUACCUACUGGCGAAAAUGUAAAAUUAGGGGGAUUUGCACAAGAAAACAACACUAUAGAUUCUGGAAAACUCGAUAUAGGCCGAAGAGCAAUACAAGAGGUUCCUCCAGGGAUCUUCUGGAGAUCACAGCUCUUCAUUGAUCAGCCACAGUUUCUAAAAUUCAAUAUCUCCCUUCAGAAAGAUGCAUUGAUUGGAGUAUAUGGCCGAAAAGGCUUACCCCCAUCACAUACCCAGUAUGACUUUGUGGAACUCCUCGAUGGUAGCAGGUUGAUCGCAAGAGAACAGCGCAACCUGCUUGAGUCAGAGAGAGUAGGCCGACAGACAAGGUCUAUCAAUCUCCAUGAGGCUGGUUUUAUCCAGUAUUUGGAUUCUGGAAUCUGGCAUCUGGCUUUUUAUAAUGAUGGGAAAAAUGCAGAGCAGGUGUCUUUUAAUACCAUUGUUAUAGAGUCUGUAGUGGAAUGCCCCCGAAAUUGUCAUGGAAACGGAGAGUGUGUUUCUGGAUCGUGCCAUUGUUUUCCUGGAUUUCUGGGCCCUGAUUGUUCAAGAGCAGCCUGCCCAGUAUUGUGUAGUGGCAAUGGGCAGUAUUCCAAAGGGCGCUGUCUCUGUUUCAGCGGUUGGAAGGGUACAGAGUGUGAUGUGCCUACCACCCAGUGUAUUGAUCCUCAAUGUGGGAGCCGUGGAAUCUGUAUCAUGGGCUCUUGUGUAUGCAACUCUGGGUACAAAGGAGAAAACUGUGAAGAAGCUGAUUGCUUAGACCCAGCCUGUUCCAGUCAUGGUGUGUGUAUCCAUGGAGAGUGCCACUGUAAUCCAGGAUGGGGUGGUAGCAACUGUGAAAUACUGAAGACAAUGUGUCCAGACCAGUGCUCUGGUCAUGGGACGUACCUUCAAGAAAGUGGUACCUGCACUUGUGACCCUAAUUGGACAGGUGCAGAUUGCUCAAAUGAAAUCUGUUCUGUGGACUGUGGCUCUCAUGGUGUUUGCAUGGGUGGAACAUGUCGUUGCGAAGAAGGUUGGACUGGACCAGCCUGCAAUCAAAGAGCCUGCCACCCUCGCUGUGCUGAACAUGGAACCUGUAAAGAUGGGAAGUGUGAAUGUAGCCAGGGAUGGAAUGGAGAGCACUGUACUAUUGAGGGCUGCCCAGGUCUGUGCAAUAGCAAUGGAAGAUGUACAUUGGACCAAAAUGGUUGGCAUUGUGUUUGCCAGCCAGGAUGGAGAGGAGCAGGAUGUGAUGUAGCCAUGGAAACUCUGUGCACUGAUAGCAAGGACAAUGAAGGAGAUGGAUUAAUUGACUGCAUGGAUCCCGACUGCUGCUUGCAGAGUUCCUGCCAAAAUCAGCCCUAUUGUCGUGGAUUGCCUGAUCCCCAAGAUAUCAUUAGCCAAAGCCAACAAUCACCAUCUCAGCAAGCUGCCAAAUCUUUUUAUGACCGGAUCAGUUUUCUUACAGGGCCAGAUAGCACCCAUGUGAUACCUGGAGAAAGUCCUUUCAAUAAGAGCCUUGCAUCUGUCAUCAGGGGCCAAGUGUUAACUGCCGAUGGAACGCCACUCAUUGGAGUUAAUGUCUCUUUUUUACAUUAUCCAGAAUAUGGUUACACAAUCACUCGCCAAGAUGGAAUGUUUGAUUUGGUGGCAAAUGGUGGUGCAUCUCUAACUCUGGUGUUUGAACGAUCACCAUUCCUCACACAGUAUCACACAGUGUGGAUUCCAUGGAAUGUCUUUUAUGUCAUGGAUACCCUGGUCAUGAAGAAGGAAGAGAAUGACAUUCCCAGCUGUGAUCUGAGUGGAUUUGUGAGGCCAAACCCUGUCAUUGUGUCAUCACCUUUAUCCACCUUCUUUAGGAUUUCUCCUGAAGACAGUCCCAUUAUCCCUGAGACACAGGUACUUCAUGAAGAGACUACAAUCCCAGGAACUGAUUUGAAAUUAUCAUACUUAAGCUCCAGAGCUGCAGGAUAUAAAUCAGUUCUUAAGAUCACGAUGACUCAGUCUGUUAUACCAUUUAACUUAAUGAAGGUUCAUCUUAUGGUGGCAGUGGUGGGAAGACUCUUUCAGAAAUGGUUCCCUGCAUCCCCAAAUCUGGCUUACACUUUCAUAUGGGAUAAAACCGAUGCAUACAACCAGAAGGUCUAUGGCUUAUCUGAAGCUGUUGUGUCUGUAGGUUAUGAAUACGAGUCUUGUUUGGAUCUAACUCUCUGGGAAAAGCGGACUGCCAUUUUGCAGGGAUAUGAAUUGGAUGCCUCUAACAUGGGUGGUUGGACAUUGGAUAAACAUCAUGUGUUAGAUGUUCAGAAUGGUAUCCUCUACAAAGGAAAUGGUGAAAAUCAAUUUAUUUCUCAGCAACCUCCAGUUGUUAGUAGCAUCAUGGGCAAUGGACGAAGACGCAGCAUCUCAUGCCCAAGUUGCAACGGCCAAGCUGAUGGUAAUAAACUACUAGCUCCGGUAGCAUUAGCUUGUGGGAUAGAUGGCAGCCUGUACAUAGGGGAUUUCAACUAUGUUCGGCGGAUAUUCCCAUCUGGAAACGUCACUAGUGUUCUUGAACUAAGAAAUAAAGAUUUUAGACAUAGCAGCAACCCAGCUCACAGAUACUACCUUGCAACUGACCCAGUCACAGGAGAUUUGUAUGUUUCUGACACUAACACACGCAGGAUCUAUCGUCCAAAGUCACUCACUGGUGCAAAAGACCUGACAAAAAAUGCUGAUGUAGUAGCAGGAACUGGAGAACAGUGCCUUCCAUUUGAUGAGGCAAGAUGUGGUGAUGGAGGCAAGGCUAUGGAAGCAACGCUCAUGAGUCCCAAAGGACUGGCAAUUGACAAGAAUGGAUUAAUCUACUUUGUUGAUGGGACCAUGAUUAGAAAAGUGGAUCAAAAUGGAAUAAUAUCAACUUUGCUUGGAUCUAAUGAUCUAACCUCAGCACGACCUCUAACAUGCGACACUAGCAUGCACAUCAGCCAGGUACGUCUGGAAUGGCCCACAGACUUGGCUAUCAAUCCAAUGGAUAACUCCAUUUAUGUUUUGGAUAACAAUGUGGUUUUGCAGAUCACUGAAAAUCGUCAGGUCCGUAUUGCUGCUGGGAGACCAAUGCACUGCCAAGUGCCUGGCGUGGAGUACUCUGUCGGAAAGCAUGCUGUACAGACCACUUUAGAAUCAGCAACAGCUAUUGCAGUGUCCUACAGUGGGGUACUUUACAUUACAGAAACUGAUGAAAAAAAGAUUAACAGAAUAAGGCAGGUUACAACUGAUGGAGAGAUCUCGUUAGUUGCUGGAAUACCAUCAGAGUGUGAUUGCAAAAAUGAUGUUAACUGUGACUGUUACCAAAGCGGUGAUGGCUAUGCUAAAGAUGCCAAACUUAAUGCCCCUUCCUCCUUGGCUGUGUCUCCAGAUGGUACAUUGUACAUUGCUGAUCUUGGAAAUAUUCGGAUACGAGCUGUGUCAAAGAACAAGCCCUUGCUGAAUUCAGUGAACUUUUAUGAAGUUGCUUCUCCAACUGAUCAAGAGCUCUAUAUCUUCGAUGUUAAUGGUACUCACCAAUACACUAUGAGUCUAGUCACUGGAGACUAUCUGUACAAUUUUAGCUACAGUAACGAUAAUGAUAUUACAGCAGUAACGGAUAGCAAUGGAAAUACACUUCGUAUCAGACGGGAUCCCAAUCGGAUGCCAGUGAGAGUGGUGUCUCCUGAUAACCAAGUGAUUUGGUUGACUAUAGGCACCAAUGGAUGCCUGAAAAGCAUGACUGCCCAAGGUCAAGAGCUUGUUUUAUUUACUUAUCAUGGCAACAGUGGGCUUCUGGCAACUAAAAGUGAUGAGACUGGAUGGACUACAUUUUUUGACUAUGACAGUGAGGGUCGUCUCACAAAUGUUACGUUUCCAACUGGAGUGGUCACUAACCUUCACGGGGAAAUGGAAAGGGCCAUUACAGUGGACAUUGAAUCAUCUAGCAGAGAGGAAGAUGUCAGCAUUACUUCAAACUUAUCAUCAGUUGAUUCUUUCUAUACCAUGGUUCAAGAUCAGUUAAGGAACAGCUACCAGAUUGGCUAUGAUGGCUCCCUCAGAAUUAUCUAUGCCAGUGGCAUGGAUUCACACUACCAAACAGAACCGCAUGUUUUAGCUGGCACAGCCAAUCCAACAGUAGCGAAAAGAAACAUGACUCUUCCAGGAGAGAAUGGACAGAACUUAGUAGAAUGGAGAUUCCGAAAAGAACAAGCCCAGGGAAAAGUCAAUGUGUUUGGCCGAAAGCUAAGGGUUAAUGGCAGAAAUCUCCUUUCAGUCGACUUUGAUCGAACCACAAAGACAGAAAAGAUCUAUGAUGACCACCGUAAAUUUCUGCUGAGGAUUGCCUACGACACAUCAGGGCAUCCAACUCUCUGGCUGCCAAGCAGCAAGCUGAUGGCUGUCAAUGUUACCUAUUCAUCUACAGGUCAAAUUGGCAGUAUUCAGCGAGGAACCACUAGUGAAAAAGUAGACUAUGAUGGGCAGGGAAGGAUUGUAUCUAGAGUAUUUGCUGAUGGAAAAACUUGGAGUUACACCUAUCUGGAAAAGUCAAUGGUUCUCCUGCUUCAUAGCCAACGGCAGUACAUCUUUGAAUAUGAUCUGUUGGAUCGGCUUUCUGCCAUCACCAUGCCCAGCGUUGCUCGUCAUACCAUGCAAACCAUUCGUUCCAUUGGCUAUUACCGGAACAUAUACAACCCCCCUGAAAGCAACGCCUCCGUUAUCAUGGACUACAAUGAAGAGGGACAGCUCCUUCAAACAGCUUUCUUGGGUACAAGCCGAAGAGUCUUGUUCAAAUACAGAAGGCAGACGAAGCUCUCAGAAAUUUUGUAUGAUAGUACAAGAGUCAGUUUUACUUAUGAUGAGACAGCAGGUGUUCUGAAAACAGUAAACCUCCAGAGUGAUGGUUUUAUCUGCACCAUUAGAUACAGGCAAAUCGGCCCACUGAUUGACAGGCAGAUUUUCCGCUUUAGUGAAGAUGGAAUGGUAAAUGCUCGAUUUGACUACAGCUAUGACAAUAGCUUCAGAGUGACUAGCAUGCAAGGUGUCAUCAAUGAAACCCCGUUGCCUAUUGAUCUCUACCAGUUUGACGAUAUCUCUGGUAAAGUUGAGCAGUUUGGAAAAUUUGGAGUUAUAUAUUAUGAUAUUAAUCAGAUAAUUUCCACAGCUGUAAUGACUUAUACAAAACACUUUGAUGCUCAUGGCCGCAUCAAAGAAAUUCAGUAUGAAAUCUUUAGGUCACUAAUGUACUGGAUUACAAUUCAGUACGAUAACAUGGGGCGAGUGACUAAAAGAGAAAUUAAAAUUGGGCCAUUUGCCAACACCACCAAAUAUGCUUAUGAAUAUGAUGUUGAUGGUCAGCUCCAGACAGUUUAUCUAAAUGAAAAAAUCAUGUGGCGAUACAACUAUGAUUUAAAUGGCAACCUCCAUUUGCUCAACCCUAGUAACAGUGCCCGUUUGACCCCACUUCGCUAUGACCUGAGAGACAGAAUCACUCGACUAGGCGAUGUUCAGUACCGAUUAGAUGAAGAUGGAUUCCUGCGUCAGAGGGGUACUGAGAUCUUUGAAUACAGCUCAAAGGGCCUUCUCACUAGAGUUUACAGCAAAGGCAGUGGGUGGACAGUGAUAUACCGUUACGAUGGGCUAGGACGACGGGUUUCCAGUAAAACUAGCCUCGGACAACACCUCCAAUUUUUUUAUGCAGACCUUACUUAUCCAACCAGGAUAACUCAUGUAUAUAACCAUUCAAGCUCUGAGAUCACUUCUCUUUACUAUGACCUGCAAGGGCACCUUUUUGCCAUGGAGAUUAGUAGUGGGGAUGAGUUUUAUAUUGCCUCAGACAACACUGGGACACCACUGGCUGUUUUUAGUAGCAACGGUCUGAUGCUUAAACAAAUUCAGUACACUGCUUAUGGCGAGAUCUAUUUUGACUCCAACCUUGACUUUCAGUUGGUAAUAGGAUUCCACGGAGGCUUGUAUGACCCAUUGACUAAACUAGUCCAUUUUGGAGAAAGAGAUUAUGACAUAUUGGCAGGCCGCUGGACUACACCUGACAUUGAAAUCUGGAAAAGAAUUGGGAAGGAUCCAGCUCCUUUUAACCUCUACAUGUUUAGGAAUAACAAUCCAGCCAGUAAAAUACAUGAUGUGAAAGAUUAUAUCACAGAUGUUAACAGCUGGCUGGUGACAUUUGGCUUCCAUCUGCACAAUGCCAUACCUGGUUUCCCUGUUCCCAAAUUUGAUUUAACAGAGCCUUCGUAUGAACUUGUGAAGAGUCAGCAAUGGGACGAUAUACCACCAAUUUCUGGAGUGCAACAACAAGUGGCAAGGCAAGCGAAGGCUUUCCUGUCCCUGGGAAAGUUGGCAGAAGUUCAAAUCAGUAGACCCAAAUCAAGUGGAGAGAAGUCAUGGCUGUGGUUUGCGACAGUGAAGUCUCUGAUUGGGAAAGGGGUUAUGCUUGCUGUCAGUCAAGGGAAAGUGCUGACUAAUGUGCUCAACAUUGCAAAUGAGGACUGCAUAAAAGUGGCAGCUGUUCUGAACAAUGCCUACUACCUGGAGAACUUGCAUUUCACCAUUGAGGGGAAGGACACUCACUAUUUCAUCAAGACCACCUCCCCGGAGAGCGAUCUCGGCACCUUGAGGCUGACAAGUGGGCGCAAAGCCCUGGAAAAUGGCAUCAACGUAACCGUUUCCCAGUCCACCACAGUGGUGAAUGGCAGGACUCGUAGGUUUGCCGAUGUCGAAAUGCAGUAUGGUGCGUUAGCUCUUCACGUCCGCUACGGCAUGACGCUCGAUGAGGAGAAGGCCCGAAUACUGGAGCAGGCUAGGCAAAGAGCUCUGUCCAAUGCCUGGGCUAGGGAACAACAAAGAGUAAGAGAUGGAGAGGAAGGUGCCAGGUUAUGGACCGAAGGGGAAAAGAGGCAGCUGCUAAGUGCUGGAAAGGUACAAGGAUAUGAUGGGUACUAUGUACUCUCUGUGGAGCAAUACCCUGAAUUAGCAGACAGUGCUAACAAUAUACAGUUCCUUAGACAAAGUGAGAUAGGAAAGAGGUAACACACUGGCUUAGCUGAGGCUGCCAAAGAGACUGACUGUGUAUCAGUGUCUUCUGAAAGGGAGACGAAACUGUUUUGCUGCAUUACUACUUGAGCCUAAACUUAUACCUUUGCUCAGAUUUUGCUGUAGCACAAUCUGACUAGACUCUACAAAGAAGAGAGAGCCUUCCAGAAGAAUGAUACUGCUAAAAACAAAACUUUUUUUCUGAAUGACCUUAAAGGUGAUCUGCUUUAAAGAAUAUGUUUACAUAUGCAUAUCGCUGCACUCAAGUUGGACUGAAAGUAUUAAAAAAAGGCCUAAAGAUUUUGCAACAGGCUGUCUGUUCCUUUGAACACUGUAUUUAACUACAAUACAGAUCCAUACAGUGUUUCCAAAUAUUAUCGAAUUGUUGACCUUUUGCUUACAAGAAGUAAUCUCUCUCUCUCUCUCUCUCUCUCUCUCUGCAUAGGAUGUGGUAUAUAGCUCUGUUCAUUUUAAAAUGUGGGGCAGAAAUUAUUGUUUAUAGACAACCCAACUGCUUUAAAUUGUGCUGCUUUCUAAAAGGACAUUGGCACAAUGACUUAUGCUACCAUGUGAAUUUAAUAAUGGAUUUUACAAUGCUAACAUGGUUUGCCUCGGGGGGCAAAAUGGCAAAUAGAAUCCUUGUCACAGAUAAGCAAAGGAAACCCUGAUUUUUUUGUAAAUUAUGUGAGACAAGUUGUUUAUGGAUUUUUAUAUGAAUUACAAUUUACUGUACAUCAAAUAUUAGUCUCAGAGGAGUUAAUUUAUGUAAAGUGUUUAAAAAAGUUUAUACUUAAAAAUAAAAUGAUAAAAACA